GAGAUAAAAACUUACGCUCGAUCUUCCUCGUUCUUUCCCUUUCUCUGUCACUCUCUGUUCCUCUCUAUUGUCAAUUUGUCAUUCAGACAGAGAUUCCUUAAACGGCUUCUUAACUUCUCCUUCAAAAUUUCAAUUCUAUUCAAUUCAUUCCGAAAAACCUAAGAUAAUAAUAAUAAUAAUAAAAAAAAAAUAUAGUAGCACCAGAAUGUCAAACACGUACACAUAAAUAUAGACUCUCUGAAUUUUACUUAGUUAACUGAUUUUUAGGGUUUUAUAUCCUUGUAAUGACUAUCAUUUCCUUACUAGAAUGGCCUCUACUCGUUUCUUUUUAAUCUUUCUUUUGAUAGGUGUGAUUGUAAUUAUAAAUCCCUGUUUCACUACUAAUGAUUCUCACGAUGAUUUCUCAAUUAUCGGCUCCGACAUCGUUUCAUUUCACGGCGAUUACACUCCGCCUUCACCACCGCCGCCAUCCCCGCCGCCUCAUGCUCCGUCAGUUUCCUGUCAAGAGGAUCUUAAUGGAAUUGGCUCACUUAACACCGUCUGUAAGCUUGAUUCUAGCUUGAAUUUUACUGAUGAUGUAUAUAUAGAGGGAAACGGUUCCUUAGAUGUACUUAACGGUGUUGUUUUGAGCUGUCCUAUUAAAGGAUGUUCAGUUCUAAUUAAUAUGAGUAAGCAUUUCAGUUUAGGUAAAGCUUCUGGUAUUAUAGCUGGAACUGUAGCGGUUACUGCUUUUAAUGUAACUUUGAUCAGUAAUUCCUUCAUAAAUGUGACUGGUUUGGCUGGUGAACCUCCGGCCCAGACUAGUGGGACCCCUUCUGGAGUGCAGGGGGCGGGUGGAGGUCAUGGAGGGAGAGGUGCAAGUUGUGUGACAGAUAAUACCAAAUUGCCUGAUGAUGUCUGGGGUGGGGAUGCGUAUUCAUGGUCGGAUUUGCAUAAGCCGUGGAGUUAUGGAAGCAAAGGUGGGACUACUAGUAAGGAAGAGGAUUAUGGGGGGGAUGGUGGUGGGAGAAUUGGGUUUGAUGUCACUAGCUCGAUUGAGGUUGGAGGGACUUUGUUGGCUGAUGGCGGCGACGGUGGUAUCAAAGGUGGUGGUGGUUCGGGUGGCAGUAUACAUAUCAAGGCUCACAGAAUGACUGGAAACGGUAAGCUGAGUGCUUCUGGGGGUAAUGGAUUUGCUGGUGGUGGUGGUGGGAGAGUUGCUAUUAAUGUUUUCAGCAGACAUGAUGAUACAGAAUUCUUUGUUCAUGGGGGAAGGAGUUUUGGUUGUCUUGGAAACUCAGGUGCUGCAGGGACAUAUUAUGAUGCUGUUCCUCGGAGUCUUAUUGUUAGCAAUGACAACAUGUCCACUAGUACUGACACACUUCUAUUGGAGUUUCCCAAACAGCCACUUUGGACAAAUAUUUAUAUCCAGGAUCAUGCCAAGGCUUCUGUGCCGCUGUUUUGGAGUAGGGUUCAGGUUCGAGGACAAAUUAGUUUAUCUUCUGGCGCUGUUUUGAGCUUUGGCCUUGCACAUUAUGCCUCGUCAGAGUUUGAGUUGAUGGCAGAAGAGCUUCUAAUGAGCGAUUCGGUUGUGAAGAUAUAUGGGGCUCUUCGUAUGUCUGUCAAGAUACACUUGAUGUGGAAUUCUAAGAUGCUUAUAGAUGGAGGUGGUGAUGCAAUUGUGGCGACAUCUUUGCUUGAGGCCAGCAAUUUAGUUGUGCUCAAGGAAUCCUCUGUGAUACAUUCUAAUGCAAAUUUGGGAGUUCAUGGGCAAGGAUUUCUGAAUUUGUCUGGACCGGGUGAUAUGAUCGAAUCACAACGCCUGAUUUUAUCAUUAUUUUUCAGUAUCAAUGUCGGCCCUGGUUCUGUUCUUCGAGGUCCCUUGGAGAAUGCCAGUGAUGAUGAUAUGACACCCCAGCUCUACUGUGACUUUGAAGACUGCCCUGUGGAGUUAAUUCAUCCUCCCGAAGAUUGUAAUGUGAACUCUUCGCUGCCCUUCACUCUCCAGAUCUGCCGAGUUGAAGAUGUUAUUGUUGAAGGCAUGAUAACAGGAUCUGUUGUUCAUUUUCACUGGGUUAGAACUCUAGUUGUCCAGUCUUCUGGAGCAAUCAGUGCAUCUGGUCUAGGCUGUACAGGUGGGUUGGGGAGAGGAAAACUUUCAGAAAAUGGUCUUGGCAGUGGUGCUGGGCAUGGUGGCAUGGGUGGGGCUGGAUAUUACAAUGGCACUAUUAUUGAUGGAGGUGUUGCAUAUGGAGAUGCUGGAUUGCCCUGUGAACUUGGUAGUGGUAGUGGAAAUGGUACUGUAGCAGGGUCAACUGCAGGUGGCGGUAUAAUAGUAAUGGGUUCCGCUGAGCAUGCACUGUCAAGCUUAUCUAUUUAUGGUUCACUUAGGGUGGAUGGAGAAAGCUUUGGAGAAGGCCUUAAGAAAAAUGAUGUCAGAAUGAUUUCAAACAUAGGUCCUGGGGGUGGUUCUGGUGGAACCAUCCUUUUGUUUAUUCAUACUAUAGCACUUGGUAAUUCUUCUACAAUCUCAGCUACUGGAGGUCAUGGCAGUCCAGAGGGCAGUGGUGGCGGAGGUGGUGGAAGGGUUCACUUUCAUUGGUCAGAUAUUCCAGUUGGAGAUGAAUAUCUCCCAAUUGCAUCUGCAAAUGGAAGCAUUCAGACUAGUGGAGGAUUUGGUAGAGGUCAAGGCCGUGCUGGUGGAAAUGGGACUAUUACUGGAAAGGCCUGCCCUAAAGGGCUUUAUGGUAUCUUUUGUGAGGAAUGCCCUGUUGGGACUUACAAGAAUACUAGUGGAUCUGACAGAGCUCUUUGUCAUGAUUGCCCAUUGUAUGAGCUUCCAAGUCGUGGCAUACACAUUGCUAUUCGAGGUGGUGUCACUGAAAGGCCUUGUCCAUACAAGUGCAUUUCUGACAGAUAUCACAUGCCAAAUUGCUAUACAGCUCUUGAAGAGUUGGUAUACACAUUUGGUGGUCCAUGGUUGUUCAGUUUUAUUCUCUUGGGUCUUCUUGUCCUGUUAGCUCUAGUGCUUAGUGUUGCACGGAUGAAAUAUGCUGCUGGGGAUGAUUUACCAGCUCUUGUUCCUCCUCGGCGUGGCUCUCAAAUAGAUCACUCCUUUCCAUUCCUGGAGUCAUUGAAUGAGGUAUUAGAAACAAAUAGAACUGAGGAAUCCCAGAAUCAUGUGCACAGGAUGUAUUUUAUGGGUCCAAAUACUUUUAGUGAUCCUUGGCAGCUACCUCACUGUCCUCCUGAACAAGUGAUCGAAAUUGUAUAUGAGGAUGCCUUUAAUAGAUUUGUGGAUGAGGUUAAUGGUUUAGCUGCUUAUCAAUGGUGGGAAGGAUCAAUUUUCAGCAUUCUUUCCGUUCUUGCGUAUCCACUUUCAUGGUCCUGGCUACAGCAGCGUCGUAAAAAGAAAUUACAACAACUUCGUGAUUUUGUUCGAUCAGAAUAUAAUCAUGCUUGCUUACGCUCUUGCCGCUCACGUGCUCUCUAUGAAGGGCUUAAGGUGUCUGCAACUUCUGAUCUGAUGCUUGCAUAUGUGGACUUCUUUCUUGGCGGUGAUGAAAAGAGAAUUGAUCUUCCUCCUCAUCUUCAUCAAAGGCUUCCCUUGUCUUUAGUUUUUGGAGGAGAUGGAAGUUAUAUGGCUCCUUUCUCCCUUCACAGUGACAACAUACUCACCAGCCUCAUGAGUCAGUCUGUUCCCCCGACCAUUUGGUACCGAGUAGUUGCUGGACUAAAUGUUCAAUUACGACUUGUCCGACGUGGGCACUUGAAGAUUACUUUUGGUCAUGUCAUUAGUUGGCUUGAAACACAUGCAAAUCCUGCUUUAAGCACAUAUAGUCUACAUGUCAAUCUUGCAUGGUUUCAGCCUACAUCCUCUGGAUAUUUUCAAUAUGGGCUUGUGGUAUCUGCGACUGAGAAAGAGAGUGCUUCACAGUCAAUUGAAGGUCAAGAUGGAUGUGUCUUACCCGGAGGACAUCUGUGUUUGCCUAGAGUGCACAGAGGAAAUCGUGUGGAGUACUUAAAAGCAAGUGAACAGACUGCGCCACUGAGAGGGGUUUUUGGAGGGAUUUUGGAUUGGAACAGUAUAAGGACUCUGAAAUUAAGGAGGACCAUAUGUUAUCCUUUUUCUUUCAUCCUUUACAAUACUAAACCCGUUGGCCAUCAGGAUUUGGUUGGUCUAUUCAUUUCCAUACUUCUAUUGGCAGAUAUUAGCUUAGUUCUGCUCACUUUGCUACAGAUGUAUUCUAUUUCACUGCUCAAUUUCCUUUUGGUUUUAUUUGUCCUUCCUCUGGGCGUACUAUUUCCAUUCCCUGCUGGAAUUGGUGCAUUGUUUAGUCAUGGACCUAGACGAUCAGCUAGUCUGGCCCGGCUAUAUGCUUUGUGGAAUGUUACAUCCUUGAUCAAUGUUGGAGUUGCUUUAAUAUGUGGAUUUGUACAUUUUAUGAUCUACUCAAGUAAAAAACAUUUGAACUUUCAGUCCUGGAAUUUUAGUGUGGAUGAAAGUGAAUGGUGGAUGCUUCCGACUGGAUUGAUGCUCUGUAAAAUAAUUCAAGCGCGACUGAUUGAUUACCAUAUAGCUAACCAAGAAAUUCAAGAUCAGUCUCUGUACAGUAAUGACCCAGAAGUUUUCUGGCAAUCAUGAAGGCGUUCAUUGAAUAGGUACAGACCGAGUUUUGAUACUUCCUUUUUUUGUUUAUACCGUUUAUAGAGUAUGUGUGUGCUUACCCAUCAUUUUGCAACCAAAUAAGAAAAAAAAGAGAAGAAAAAAGCGUAGAAGAGAAUAGCUGUCUCUGUUUAUACGUGGGAAGGAAAUAUUUCUGCAGUUUACUUAAAGUAGGGUUUCAUACUUCUUGUAUGUAAUGAAUCCACUAGUUCGCUGUAUUUAUUUAUUUAUUUAUUUUAAUUUAGCAGCAGCUACAUUGCUGAUUGUAAAUGAUUGUAUUCCAGAUAGUGAGUUAAUUGUCAUGGCGAGGUUGUUUAUUGAGGUGUUAA